AGGAGCUCAGUCUGUACGAGCGCUCGCCUUGAUCAUGACGGCACAGCCCACCGUUAGCGGACGGUGCAGCCUGUUGCUCCUGGCCGGGGCUCUAUUGGCCGGGCUCUGGGCUUCGGACGGUGUCGAGGCCCUAAUGCAACCCUGGUGCAGCGUGAUAGACACAGCCUUGGUCGGUUGGAACAUCUCGUCGAGUCGCACCGCGACGCACAAGCUGUGCCACCUGGCCUGCCUGGACACCCCCGGUUGCCAAUCGGCCAAUUACUGGUAUCGGAAGAAAGUGUGCGAAUUGAACAGCGUGUCGCACUUGAACGUAUCCGGUCGUCCUUUGGUCGAGAAGGCUGGCUCCGUCUAUACCUUCACCCAACAGGAGACGGGAUGCAAUCUUCAGUCGACUGCUGCCAGUUGCCAUGACAAUGAGCCCAAAGCUCCAUGUUCAGAUAAUAUGAGAGACCGAGAGUGGCGACUGGUGUUCAAAGGCGUGGCAGGAACUGGAGCGAAGCUGCAUGACAUGUGGACCAGAGUGGACUGGACCUCGAGUUAUGAGGCGAGUGGCCAUCGCCGUGAUAAUUGCCUCUACCAAGCCUGGCACAACGGACUGCUGAAUGUCCGACGAGUGAAGCUUUCCCUGUAUGAAGGCGCAAUUGUGAGAGCCGAGUUGAUCUUCGAUGGAGCCGGCUCCGACAUCGGGAGUUGGUUCACACAGACCCGCUUGAUUUCAUCUCCCUGGGAUGAUCUCAAGUCAGUUCAGUUUGGAGGUGAUGGUCAGUACUUCAGUAUCGACGGUCAUGUUGAAGAGGAUCGGCGGUUUUUCAUCAACAACCACUAUGGUGGAUGUGAGGGGGAUAAAGGCUGGCUGGUUGUGACCGAGUCUGACUCGCUUAACUACUGUGGAUGGGAGGGACAAACGGAAGCACAUCCCUACCCAAUGAUACUCUACAGCACAACCAACCACAAGGUGUUGUGGAACGACGUGCUAUCAAACGGUGGUGGACCAGUUGGAAGGGCAGAUAGCCUUACCAUCCACAUCGAUGCCGAGUGAGCCUGGAUCUACAACAAUGGCGUAUCAAGAAGGGGAAAGGAGGAGUGAUCUAAGCCCCGCCCUCCCUAAGCUGACGUGUUUUUGAGUUAAUUAACGGACAUAAAAAUGUAUGCCUUUUACUGUUGAAAAUAUUCAAAUUUACGUUUAAGCCCGGUUGUGAUUGUUUUACAACGCAUGCGCGGGUUUAAUUAAGUCUAUUUGCAUAGAUCUACUAAAAUUAGUACAACUUCUAGCACUUCAAAAAAUAUUUCACUCCUGCGAAUUUAAAGACCAACUGUAUGAUUUAGUUUAGUAAUUUUACAAUUUUAUUAUAUACUAUAUAUAUUCAUGUUAGACAUAAAAAUGGGCAUAUCGCUUUGAAUUCAUAAUUUUGUGAAAAAAACAAAUUGUUUUCAACAAUGGCUUACCUGUUUCAGGGUGUAAAACAAAAGUUUUUGAAACUAAUUGAAACUUAUUUGUCUUUUUGAUAAUUGAAAUUAUCCAGAAUUGUAUUAUAUGCUAUGAUUACAACUUAAAACAUUAGCCCAGUCAAAAGAGUGCAACUCAUCCAUAACAUUUACAAGGCUCUCAUUUCAAGAAUCACAAAGUAAAAUAAGAAAUAUUAUUGUGACUAUGUGAAGCACUUGAAUUAAGAGACGGAAUAAAAAGAAUGAUUGGCAAGUGAUUUGAAAUAUCGGAGAGUAAAAUACCGAAUUUGGGAGAGGAUCAAAUAUUUGAUUAAAAAAAAUAUCAAUAAGUGUAGCAGAAGUAUCUGCUGAAGUUGAGGGAGAAAAAGUGAGAUAUAAAUAGAUCGAUAACGGAUUGGGAGCCAGAAUUGGUAUAAUAACUAAAUUGAUAAUAAAUUGAAAUAAUGCAAGGGUUAUUAUCACAGACUACACGAGAACCUAUCAUCUGAAAAGUGGUCAUGAACUCAUCGUGAACAGCGAACGGAGCUUUUACAUACGUAUUGGUCCGAUUACGAAUUCUCGUUUUCUUGCACACUCGUUUUCUUGCAAACAAUCUUUUCUUCCAAAACUAAU